GACACAUGCAGUGAUGCAAGAGAGGCCCUGCGAGGAGCAUCAUUUCUCAUCACAGGUGGUCCAGAAGGAGCCUUCAGCCACAGAUGCUGGGGAUUGCAUUACAGACUGGCUGCCAUGCUCAGUGACGCAGGGACAGAAUCUGCGCUAAGUGUGGCAAACGUGAUUGGCAUGUACAACUACCCACAGGUAAUUCGAGAUAUUAUUGUAUUUUGGUACAUGGUUAAAGGAAUCAGAUUAAUAGAAGAACAGUUUAAAGCACUAAGGAAUCUGCUGGCACUAUAUAAAUGGCAAUAAUAAUAAUAAUAAUAACAGUGGGUAGAAUGUUAGUAAUUUCUUUGGAAUGGAGGAAGGGAGUCUAUGAUGAGGCCAUGGAGCUGGGAGAAAAUAGAUGUUCAUUAAUAAUGACAAUCUUAGUCUAAUCCACAUGUGCACCAAUACUACCAGUCCGGUGGUUCUGAAAGAGGGGCACUGAAUAUGAUACUUCUCUGUGAGAAGCAUUAGCAAUGUUUGGCAUGAUUAUACUGUGUGUGAUGACACCUGUGAAGAAAUGCCUUUUUUUUUUACUGUGUAUGCCCUCUUUGUAUUUGUGUUAAUAGCAAUAUUCCCCUAUGCAUUCGGUAGGUAAAACUACCGAAUGCAGACCCCCCUGUCACUCCUUUAUACAGACUGUCCCCCCUUGCUGGCUGGAUUACGUUCGGCAGAAGUUUUGCACGAACGGCAGGUCUCGCCGCCAUUUCGGGACUUCCUUGUGUUCGCGGCCAUUUUAGCUCCUGAACAGCGGUGUUUGCCAUUGAAUGUCUGGAACUGAAAACGGACACUCAAACAGGCGAACACCGCUGAAGCCUCCAGACCUUCGGUAAAACCCCUUCCAAACUACCGAAAGACCGGGGUACAUCCAAACUUUGGGGAAUUUCUGGUACGUUUUAAUUGUGUUUAAUGGUUAUCUGAGGGGAGGAGAUGUACAGUAUGUAUAUUGUUAGGAUUGGAUGUAUGGCUAAUUAUAUGGGAGGCUGCCUUGCAUGGACUGAAUUCCAUAAAAAGAGCAUGCCUGUCAUUAAACCUCAGUUCAUCUUUGUACCCUUAUUCUGACUACGUAUGCUGUUUGGGAGUUCGUGUGUUUUACUGUGGGAAUUAUCCAGGAACACUAUUGGAUUUACAAUUGGGAAUUCGUCUACUAUAACUACCGAACGGAGGGCUAUAUUCACUGGGCUCUGCCUGUUCGGGAGGAAACUACCGAUUAAGGUUUAAAUGUACUUGGUUUCCUUACAACGCCAUAUGAAAAGGCACUAGAUAUCUGAAGGUUUUUUUUUUGGUUUUUUUUUUGUUUUUUUUUUAUAUUUUUUUUUUUUGCAGUGCAUAUAUGUAUAACAAGCAUGCAGGUGGUACCCCGACGGCAUUCCACGUGCUUAUUUCAAAACAUUUAUAACAGGGGAAUAUGCUAACAAUGCACAAUUUUAUGUAGUUAUAUAUAGGUUGAAGAUUAUCAUGGUGGAGCAUAUUUUCACACAGAUUAUACUAGGACAAGCAUGUAUAUUGCAAACUUCCUUUUACGUCUAUGUGUGAGAAGGUGUAUAAAGAUUUAUAGUUGCUAGUGUGUUCACAUGCAGGUAAACCAACAGCCAUCAAGUGAGUUUUAACUAUGCUUAGGAUGCCACAUUAGAUUGUGUUAGCUAGCACUUAAAAUAUUACUUAUCGAUCACUCAGCAGAAGGUAUGGGUAUAACAUGUUAAUGGUCGUUACUUUGAGUUUAGUCAGCAAUCAGAAAGCAGUUUGUGCGUCAGGAGGCAUAGUCGGGGAAGUCCAGCGAUAUGCCUGACAAUUGUCACGGUCACCUUCAUCCGAUCCCCUCUGGGCUCGCACUGUAGCCCCUGGGAGUCGCCAUCCCCUGUGGUGUCAAGGACAUACGUGCGUGUAGAAGCCAUGCAUCCGGCCUUUGGUGAUAGAGGUUUGCAUAUUGGGGGGGUCGGCGCUUCCCUGUUGGGCAGGUCGCUUCGACACCCGUCCGGAUUCGUGGUCGCUUGUAGCGGAGGUGAAUGUGGGGUUGAGAGCUGGCUCUUAGUUGCCGCUUGUUCCGCCGUCGGCGCCUCUUAGUGGAGCCGCCGGUAGUAACCGUUCUGCGUCUGCUCGUAGGGCUGGAGGUCUCUGGAGGUAUACUUGCAGGAGUGGUCAGUAUAGUUGAAGCAGUAUGCAGCUUUCUCUCUGCUAUCUUAGCCCAGAAGGCAGCAAAUAUUUCGUCGAGUUUGGACAGAGAGUGAUUCUCUGGAUCUCCGCUGGCCCCCAUAACUGCCGAUUGGCACGUGGCAUUCGCCAUAUUGGAGUCGGUGGUCCUUGGGUCGGACAGUCUUUGGGGCAAACAAUCGGUAUGCUGUUGGUGCCGGGAUAUCCCUCACCGGCAAGGGGGGGGGAGAGGGAGGCUCGUGGGUGGUCCUCUGCAGCUUAGGGUCCGUUUCUAGGGAGUCUCGGGCUGGGUGAUCGGCCGCCUCACCCUCGCCUUUGUCUCUACCCAGGUUGCAGGUCCAAGCGUCGCAGUAGGCCCCAGCGAUAUGUCUCGAGUUCCCGGUGUCUUAGAGUUGUAUUUGCGGUUUCGUUGCAAUCUCCUUUGCAUCCUCUCCAUGGGUGGUGCAAUUUAACGGAGUUUGUAGCUUGUUAGCCGGGUUAUUUUGGCAUAAGUUGUAGUUUCAGACGGGAGCUCAUGCUACCCACGUCUGAUCAGCUCCACAGCCAGGCUCCGCCCCCUGAAGGUUUUUAAUGAGGAAACACUCCUAGCUGUUUUCAGUCUGACAGCUUUCAGACAAAUGUUUACAUUGUCUGAAAGAUGGGAAAUCAAGAAGAAAUUGAUUAUUGGCUUAGAGUGUCCAUUUAAAGGGGUAUUUCUGCUUUUAGAAGUGGUCAUCAUGGUAGGAGUCUGUACGUGCAGUGUUUCUGCUUGAAACGUUGCACAUACUGAAAUAAUUGCACUUUUGUACCGGGCAGCUAGUUAUAAAUCUGGCUCAGGUGACUUUGGCAAGCUAGAACUCUGUUCCAGAUUGCCAAAUGUCAAUUCUGUGCAAAAUUGACAUCGGUCUCCAACGCACAUCGGUCUCCUCCCUUGCAUGACAGGCGCAUUGUUGUCAUAUGGGCUGGUGGAACCCUAUUAUCAUACCCAAUAGAACACAAACACUGAUAUUAUAUGGAUUAAAUAAGUCCACAGCUUUAAUAAAUAUAUAAAUUAUAACUUAACAUGAGAGCAUGAAUAAAUAAAGUCAUUACUCCCCACCCUAUAACAUAACAUGUCCCUCUGUCAUAAAAGGCAAUGACCCAUAUUUUCAAGCAAUAAACAUAAAUUAUAGCAAACAAUUAACAUCAUAAUGAUAAUACAUAAAGUGACAUUUUAUUUCGAUAACCAUGGUAGGGGUGUACCCAGAUACUACCCCACCAGUUUCUGAGCUACCAACAAGCUCGAAACCUACCAACUUUGACAUGUACAGUAUUAACCCCUUCCUAACUAACAGAAUAACUACUCUGUACUGAACCAAGAGACUGUUUUUUCCCCUAAACUUUAACUCACUAACCCCGCCACAAGCUCAGACCUUGAUCACUUAAGCUGUCUGAGCUCCGCCAUCCCGAAGAAACAAGGCCCUACUCAGCCUUUCCUGAAAACCCCAAGUUUAACAUGUCCCAACCCAUGUCAGAUAGGUUAACCCCAUCAGUACGAAAAUAACCAAGCAGCAUAGCGUCCCGUUCCAAGUGCUGGAUCACCACCACCCCAGUUUUCUGAACAAAACUGGCCAUCAUACUAUUCACCUUGCCCUCUCACCACGCAAUCGUACCAGGAUCCCUUGCGUGUGUCACCGUAACCGGGGAACUAUCUCCAGCCAUACCACAAUUACCCCAGGGACUUCGUCCCAAAGCCGAUUGAUAUCCCGUUCCAUCCAUUUGACAAGCUGCCGCUGAGGAUCCAGCCCUAGAUCAUUAACCCCUGCAUGCACUACCAUGAAGUCCGGCCUCUUUCCCCUAUUAAACAAAACAAAAGUCCCACGUACAUCCCCCCAGCGGGCACCUCGUUAACUGAACCAUUGUAUCUCAAUCCGGUCCACAGGAAAGCUCAGCUGCUGACUCUGAACACUAGCUGCUGCCCUCCUCUUUGUCCAGAAAAUGAAAGAAUGGCCCACGAUCCAGGCCACAUGACCAAUGGAGAUAAGGGGACACAAUUAAUCAAAUGGGGACCACACCUUGCAACCCCUCCAAACCUCCCACCAUCAGCCCCAGGCGCACAUAGGAUCAGAACCAAACCGAUUCCAACCUCCCUAUCUUUUUGAAAGCUCCCUACCCAACCCCAAUCGUGUGGCCUCCGUGGCUGCCCCGAUGUGUAAAGAAUAAGUCCAAAACUGGCCGGUUUACAACCCAAGCCCCCACAGGCCCACCCAAAAUCCUUGAAAAACUGAAAACAAGAGAGCAAGGAACCAACCCAAUGCAUCAGAAAUGAACCCACCCCAGUCCAUCAGAACACAUUGGUAACACACAGAUAUCGGGACACAUUGGUAACUGGGCAUAAUGGCGACCCCGGAAGAGCAUACAGCACAACAUCCUUCCCCUUCCCCAAAACGUCAGUCUUCAAUCGGGCAAAUUAACUACAAGCAGAACCCCCAGCAUCCGGAUGUCUUCCAUCUGAGAGCCCCCACCCUUGGCCCGGGUACUGCUCACAAGCUCUCCUAUCUGGAAAGCACCGAAAAAAGCCAACGCAAACACAGUGCAAAAUAAAAUGGUCUCAUAGCCAUCGAAGCACACAUCUGGCAGAACUCGAAACAGCCCCUCCAGGACACCUAUGGAUACAUCGAGUAUCUGGACCUUUGCGACCCCUCUGAAAUCCCUACAGUGCCUGCCUCACCAUGAAAUGCUUCAUUAGAUCCUCCCAACCAUGAAGUUUAAACAAGAAAGCAAGUGCAGCCAUGUGCCUGUCCAUUACCGAUGGGGAAACCCCUCUUAUCAACAGUCGAAAUAUAAACCACAGGGCGGUGUCCAAACGAGAUUCCCCAGUCAACUCCCUCUCCAAGCCAACCCACGACUCUUCCCAUGACUCCAAAACCUUACAUUGUGCAAUACACGUGUGGGGAGCCAAGGAAGCUCUCACAAUUCCCCCAAGCAGCUGUUCUGGGCAGCCAUUGGCGAUGUCACCCAACAGUGACAUCGCCAAGCUCCUGUUGAAGAUCCGUCCCAUGGGGAUCACCCUGCAGGCAAAGUUAAUUUUACUUAGAAGCGACUGCAUUUGUCGGAGCAUAACCUUACGAGCCUGACGCACCUCCGCCACCACCGCCCGCAAGGCAGUCAGCUUGUCCUGGGGAAGACUGCAUUCCCCACGUUGCAUGUUGAUCUCCAAACCCAAGAAAAUGAGGUCUUGCCCGCCGCGAGCAACACCCAAAUUCACCCAGCCACCCAUUCAAUGGUCCUCAGGAGAUGAAAACAAAGCUGGGAAUCUGCCGGGCCCAAUCCCACAGAAAGACACCCAGGUAAUGGACAGAAAUUCGACUCCCAGCCUCCACCAUAAUGACCCAUUCCAGAAUGUUUUGAAAUAAGCGCAUGAAAUAGAACAGCCCGUAGGGAAGCGCAUGUUGACUAAGUAUGUCCCGUCAACAAAACAACCCAACAAAUGAUUACAGUCGGGAUGAACAGGGAGCAGCUGAAAAGCCACCUCAAUAUCCACCAUUGCCAUAAAGGCAUCAUGUCCAGCCCGCUUAACCAACUCAAUGGCAUGGUCAAUGUCCUUGUUUACUGACGAGCCUUUUGGGUAAGAGAGGUGAUGUACAAGGCAAAACUUACCCGGCUCCUGCUUGGGGACAACCCCUAAAGGAGACAGGCGCAAGUUGGGGAAAGGCAGAUCUCUAAACAGGCCGGCCAUCUGUCCCAGCUAAACCUCCUUAUCCAAUUUCUCGCUCACCACCUAAGGAAAAUAUGACACCGACUUCAAAUUUCGGAAGCCCUGUGUACCCCCCCGUUACUGAAAAGGAAUAAAGAAACCCUCCCUGAAAACCAACAAAGCCGCAUCACCCUUCUUAGCCAUGGUGAGUGACCCACUGUGAGUGGGUUUCUUGUAGGCCGCAAGUCUGCCCUGGCUGUAGCCGCCGAUCUCGGUCAGAUGCUUCACUAAAUCCGAUACUGUCACCUUCAGCAGUAAGACUUCUGCAAAGAUUUUAAAUUUUUGAGGCGAUUUAGAUCCCUUUUUUUAUGGAGUUCUCAGGAUGUGCGACCGGUCAGGUCGGCAGUUAGGCUCCGCCCCUCAAAAUUUCAGACUUUUUAUGUGGUUUUUUUUUAUACAAAUUUUUACGACAACUGUAAAACUUUUGCUAACAUCAAAUGUGCAAAUAAUCACAAUUUAAUUUACACGUACCAUUAAAAUGCAAAGCCAAUAGGGACUAAAACGGCAUCAUGAGCAAUAACUAAUUUUAUUGGAAAAGGACAAUGCAAAUUGCUGUACCUUUCCCCCCCGUCCCGCAUUAUUUUUUAAGCAUUACAUAGAUAUUUAAUUAAAACACAUACAAACAUAACAAAAAAAUUAACAAAAUAAAAUAGUUAUUACAUAUAUAUUGUUGCUAGUCACCUUCUCCAGGAGAGCCGGAAGCUCUCUGAGCACAUCCUGGCGAUAUGGGGCAUGGCUCACUUACACUAUCGGCCAAUGGGUCAAGGGAGCUACUCUGCAGUGCAGGAGCUUUUUGCUCUCCUGUAGACUGAGACUGACACCCAGCAGACCACAGGUAAGUUGUCAAACUGUUUGUAAAUGAUCUGGCUACUUACCUUAAAAUGGUGCCAGGGCGCUCCUGGUACCAAUUAUAGCACAUUGUACUGGUUAUGUUGCUUGGAGUGUUACUUUAAGUGUAGGAUUGUGUAAAGAAAACAUGUGUUAGGGAUUUUUGUUUACUGUUUUAAAAUAAUCUGCCCACACCUGCUUUCAAUAACACCUUUCCUUUUUCAAAUUAUAUUCUUAGAUCAGCUACUUCACUCCCCCACUCCAGUUCAGCAAUCGUGUCUUGUUUCCUUCAUCACUCAGUGUGGCCCCAGCUCUUUCUUCUCAUGCCAAGGGCCUUGUCCAAUUGAUUCAAACUUUUGGUUGGACCUGGGUGGGAGUUCUUUCAGAAGUUGGAGGAGUUUCUACUGUGGCUCAAACCUUCAUUGAGGAGCUGAAGACCACCAGGGUCUGCUUGGCCUUCUGGGAAAAUGUUCCUUCUGCUCUAAUAGAUAUAAGCCAUGUGGCAUCAGUUAUAAAACGCUCCACAGCUAAUGUAGUAGUUGUCUUCUCACUUGAAUCUUACCUGAACCCUGUACUGAUGGAUCUUGCUUUGUCUGUGGACACCAAGGCAAAAAUUUGGAUAUUCACUGAGGGUUGGUCUACAUCUCCAAGACUGGUGAAUCCAAAGCUCUCACACUUUCUCCAUGGAGCACUGGGAGUUGCUCCUAGAAAUGGGGCAGCUCCCGGAUUGAAAGAGUUUGUACUGGGGCUUCAACCAAAUCAGAUAACUGAGAACCAAUUCCUUAUGGAGUUUUGGCAACUGGCAUUUAGCUGUAGGUGGGGUAUCCCUAAUAAUGAGUCCUUGUACUGGACUAUAUCUACUACCGGUAACACUUCAUCCGUCUUCUCUGAUUAUUCCUUUUCCUCCACAACUUCCUCCCCAUUCACUGUCUCCACUUCUGCACUUAACAGCUCUUACACUUUGCCCAUUUGCACUGGACUGGAGGAUCCUGCCUCUUUGCAGAUAUUUUCAGAUAUCAAUAGCCUUCGGGUAACUUAUAACGUCUAUAAGGCUGUGAGGAUGGUGGUCCAAGCUUUGAAGGACAUGGCCACCUGCAAAGAUAGGGAAGAUGGAUCGAUCGAUCGAGGAAGUUGUGUAGACAUGCAACAUUUUCAGCCCUGGCAGGUGAGAAUUGCGCAGAAUAAAAUAAUAUAAACUAACAUUUUAUAGAAGAAAAUGGUUUGAAAGUGAAGUUGUUGUAAAGACAGACCAUUAGAAUUUUAAACAAAGCGCGUGCAUAAAUUGCAACAAUUUCAUGAAAAAUGAUUUUGACGAGCAAAAUAUAAAUAUUUGAUAUUAAUAUUAAAUAUUUUUGGGCCAUUUGGUUUGCGAAGAAGUAACCAAUAAAGGGAAAUAGAAGAAUACCAGUAAAAAACAAAAGCAAGCUAUAUUUAUAUAUAUAUAUAUAUAUAUAUAUAUAUAUAUAUAUAUAUAUAUAUAUAUAUAUAUAUAUAUAUAUAUACAUUAUAUAUUUAUUAAAUAUAUAAAUAUAGAUUUUUUUUAAAUUUUUGCUGUGCUUCCUUUUUUUUCCCUUUAUCAGUCAACAUUUAGUGGCUGUCUUCUAACCUUCACUCACCUUUUUUUUCAUCAAUCAUGUUUUCUUUAUGCCAUUGACAGAAUGCUAAAUCAUAAAACUAUUAAAAUGGUUUUGCCAAUUGUCCAUUUCAUUUGUUACGUGAUUCGUCCAUGCAUAAUUUCCGAGUCCAGGAUUUUGGACGAACAGCCCAAAAUUUGGACCAAUCACAUUUUAUUUGAAAUCAAAUACGCAAAUCUAAUGACAAAGGGAAAAAAAAGACAGAAGGAUAACUGGGACAAAUUAUUUUGCUGAGACCAAGAUAUGUAUAACAAAGGAGAAGCAGAGAAGUAACCUUUUGUGUCUUGCUUCUCUUAUUCUAAAUGUCCUAAAUUUCUCUUCUUCCAUCCAUUCCCCAGUUCCUCUAUCACCUUCGCAGGGUUCACUUGAAAGGAAAUGUUGGCGAUGACUUAUAUUUUGAUUCUCUUGGAAAUGCACCAGCCGUAUAUGACAUCAUCAAUUGGCAGGAAGAACCUUCGGGUCUCGCCAGUUUGGCAAUUGUGGGAAUGUAUGAAAGUGGUGUCCUUCAAGGUCAAAACAUUAUCAUUGACUACGCUUCUAUCAAAUGGGCAAAGGGCAUUAAGCAGGUAAGGUUUGUCAGAACUACUUCACAAUACGUUUCAUGAGCAUAUGGUAAAAGUUCAUGGGUCUCAUAUUUUGUUUCUUCAGCCGCCUGUUUCAAAAUGUUCAGAAAAUUGCCCACCUGGCUUUUGGAAAGCCCGACAGCAGGGACAGCCUCAUUGUUGCUUUAAUUGCAUUCCCUGCGCUGCAGGUGAAAUCUCUAAUCAGACUGGUGAGUAACUUGAAGCCAAAUGUUUACAGUAUAUAAAGUAAGUAAAAGGAGCAGAAAAAAAUCUAUAUUUAUAUAUUAUUUAUUCAUAAAAUGUGUAUAUAUAUAUAUAUAUAUAUAUAUAUAUCUUAUUAUUAUUUAAUUUUUUUUUACUGCUUUUCAUGUUUCUCUCUAUUGUUCAUGUAGCGGAGUGUAUGCUUGCCAGACAUUUUUUUAAUUCCCCUUUCUGGGCUGUCCUUAUCCUCUGUAGCUGAAUUACCACCUUUCGUGUCUUUUUCCCGGAAUGUUUCGUGUGGUUCCUCUUUGGCAGUUCAGGAAAUAUGAACUACCGAACAGGGCGAUCAUUCGUACCCUGAAAGCUAGAGGUUCUCUUGUACCGAUAUUUUUUAUGGAUUUUCUGUACCUGAGAGAUAAUUAAAUUAGAUGAGUUUACUCAAGCAAUUAUCUCUCAGGCACAGGGAAUUCUGGGGUUGAAACCCCUGCAUUUGUUGUGAAUGAAACCCCUUGCAUGGUACUGGGCAUUAAAGCUGUGUAUGUGAGACUAAAGUUCAGUUGUACCCUCAGAAAGGUUCUGUGAGGAGGUGGAUCAUUCUUUGUCUGUUUUCUCUUGUUCCUGAUGGCUUCUUGGUAUACCUGGGGAGGGGGUGGAUUAUUAUUUGGCUGUUUUCUCUUGUUCCUGAUAGCUUCUUGGUAUACCUGGGGAGGAGGUGGAUCAUUCUUCGGCUGUUUUCUCUUGUUCCUGAUAGCUUCUUGGUAUACCUGGGGAGGAGGUGGAUUAUUCUUUGGCUGUUUUCUCAUGUUCCUGAUGGCUUCUUGGUAUACCUGGGGAGGAGGAGGAUUAUUCUUUGGCUGUUUUCUAUUGUUCCUGAUAGCUUCUUGGUAUACCUGGGGAGGAGGUGGAUUAUUCUUUGUCUGUUUUCUCUUGUUCCUGAUAGCUUCUCGGUAUACCUGGGGAGGAGGUGGAUUAUUCUUUGGCUGUUUUCUCUUGUUCCUGAUGGCUUCUUGGUAUACCUGGGGAGGAGGUGGAUUAUUCUUUGGCUGUUUUCUCUUGUUCCUGAUGGCUUCUUGGCAUACCUGGGGAGGAGGUGGAUUAUUCUUUGGCUGUUUUCUCUUGUUCCUGAUAGCUUCUUGGUAUACCUGGGGAGGAGGUGGAUUAUUCUUUGGCUGUUUUCUCUUGUUCCUGAUAGUUUCUUGGUAUACCUGGGGAGGAGGUGGAUUAUUCUUUGGCUGUUUUCUCUUGUUCCUGAUAGCUUCUUGGUAUUCUUUGGCUGUUUUCUCUUGUUCCUGAUAGCUUCUUGGUAUACCUGGGAGCAGGUGGAUUAUUCUUUGGCUGUUUUCUCUUGUUCCUGAUAGUUUCUUGGUAUACCUGGGGAGGAGGUGGAUUAUUCUUUGGCUGUUUUCUCUUGUUCCUGAUAGCUUCUUGGUAUACCUGGGGAGGAGGAGGAUUAUUCUUCGGCAUACCUGGGGAGGAGGUGGAUUAUUCUUUGGCUGUUUUCUCUUGUUCCUGAUAGCUUCUUGGUAUACCUGGGGAGGAGGUGGAUUAUUCUUUGGCUGUUUUCUCUUGUUCCUGAUAGCUUCUUGGUAUACCUGGGGAGGAGGUGGAUUAUUCUUUGGCUGUUUUCUCUUGUUCCUGAUAGCUUCUUGGUAUACCUGGGGAGGAGGUGGAUUAUUCUUUGGCUGUUUUCUCUUGUUCCUGAUAGCUUCUUGGUAUACCUGGGGAGGAGGUGGAUUAUUCUUUGGCUGUUUUCUCUUGUUCCUGAUAGCUUCUUGGUAUACCUGGGGAGGAGGUGGAUUAUUCUUUGGCUGUUUUCUCUUGUUCCUGAUGGCUUCUUGGUAUACCUGGGGAGGAGGUGGAUUAUUCUUUGGCUGUUUUCUCUUGUUCCUGAUAGCUUCUUGGUAUACCUGGGGAGGAGGUGGAUUAUUCUUUGGCUGUUUUCUCUUGUUCCUGAUAGCUUCUUGGUAUACCUGGGGAGGAGGUGGAUUAUUUUUGGCUGUUUUCUCUUGUUCCUGAUAGCUUCUUGGUAUACCUGGGGAGGAGGUGGAUUAUUCUUUGGCUGUUUUCUCUUGUUCCUGAUAGCUUCUUGGUAUACCUGGGGAGGAGGCUGGAUUAUUCUUUGGCUGUUUUCUCUUGUUCCUGAUAGCUUCUUGGUAUACCUGGGGAUGGACCUGGGGAGGAGGUGGAUUAUUCUUUGGCUGUUUUCUCUUGUUCCUGAUAGCUUCUUGGUAUACCUGGGGAGGAGGUGGAUUAUUCUUCGGCUGUUUUCUCUUGUUCCUGAUAGCUUCUUGGUAUACCUGGGGAGGAGGUGGAUUAUUCUUUGGCUGUUUUCUCUUGUUCCUACCUGGGGCUUCUUGGUAUACCUGGGGAGGAGGUGGAUUAUUCUUUGGCUGUUUUCUCUUGUUCCUGAUAGUUUCUUGGUAUACCUGGGGAGGAGGUGGAUUAUUCUUUGGCUGUUUUCUCUUGUUCCUGAUAGCUUCUUGGUAUACCUGGGGAGGAGGUGGAUUAUUCUUUGGCUGUUUUCUCUUGUUCCUGAUAGCUUCUUGGUAUACCUGGGGAGGAGGUGGAUUAUUCUUUGGCUGUUUUCUCUUGUUCCUGAUGGCUUCUUGGUAUACCUGGGGAGGAGGUGGAUUAUUCUUUGGCUGUUUUCUCUUGUUCCUGAUAGUUUCUUGGUAUACCUGGGGAGGAGGUGGAUUAUUCUUUGGCUGUUUUCUCUUGUUCCUGAUAGCUUCUUGGUAUACCUGGGGAGGAGGUGGAUUAUUCUUUGGCUGUUUUCUCUUGUUCCUGAUAGCUUCUUGGUAUACCUGGGGAGGUGGAUUAUUCUUUGGCUGUUUUCUCUUGUUCCUGAUGGCUUCUUGGUAUACCUGGGGAGGAGGUGGAUUAUUCUUUGGCUGUUUUCUCUUGUUCCUGAUAGCUUCUUGGUAUACCUGGGGAGGAGGUGGAUUAUUAUUUGGCUGUUCUUGGUAUACCAGCAGAAAAGAAUCCCUGCUAGGACUUGGGCUCCGCUACAGCUCAUUUUGCACUUAAUCUGUGAAAAGAAAAAAGCACUUUUGUAAUUUGAGAGUAAAGCAACAAUGCAGCUAUUCCUGUAUUUUUACAUAUUAAAACUACAAAUAGAAUGUUGAGAUUUAACAAGUACAGUCUUAUCUUUAAUAGAAAAAAAAAGAUAUUUCAUUUUGGUGUGAUUCACAUAGUUACUAAAUGUCCAUACAUGUAUCUAUAGUCCGUGCUGCUAUCAGAAUUCUAAAACUAUUGGCAGGGCUCCCCUAACGCACAGAAUCAGAAAUAACUGCACCCUCCAUACACACAUAUACAUUGUAGCGAAGUAGUAGUAUUAUCCACAGUAUCUCCGCUGGCAGACAGAAUAAAGCAGAUACAAAGUAGACAAAAUCCAUGUAGCGUAGUUACAAUCCCUUUCUCCCAUUCGGUAGUUUGUUCGUUUCACGAACAGUGUUGAAAUUCACUGUUCGUGAAACUACUGUAGGAAUGUUGGUGGCUUCCGUGCCACCAGCAUACGAAUGCUCUUGUUCGCAUCAGGUACAGAAAAGGGAACAUGCACAGUUUAGCCUUAAAGAUACAAUAUUACAGGAAUGGAAAUACAGUUUUAAGUGGCUAGUUUUGCCACAUACAUAUUGACAGAUACACACACAGAUACACAUGUCCAGUCCCACACCUUCCCACAUUCACACAUACACACUGCACAUAGAGAAAAAAAAAUACUGCCACAAACAAACACAGAUAUACUACCACAUAUACAUACAGAUACACAUACAUACACAGCACACACACUGCAACACAUAUACACAAAGUGAAACACACUGCCAGACAAAGACACACUACCACACACAAAUACACAUUCAUAUACUCAGGGCCGACAUCAGAUACUUUGGGGCCCCUGACAAAGCACAAGGUCUGGGCCUCCCUCCCAGGCACGCCCACGCCCUACCUAGUCCGCUGACAAUGAUGCAGGACUGAAUGUGGUGUGUAUAGUGGAAGUGAAUUAGAAUGUGUGUAAUGGAUGUAGUGUUUGUGUGUAUUAAAUACUGUUUGUGCAGUGAAUGCAGAGUGUGUGUUUGUGUAGCGGAUGCAGUGUGUAUAGUGAACGCAGAGUGUGUUUGAGUAGUGGAUGCAGUGUGUGUACAGUGAUGUAGUGUGUGUUUGUGUAGUGGAUGUAGUGUUUGUAUGUACUAGAUGAAAUGUGUUUAGUGGAUGCAGUGUCUGUAGUGGAUGUAGUGUGUGUAUUAGACGCAGUGUCUGUGUAUAGUGAAUGCAGAGUGUGUGUCAGUAUAGUGAAUCCAGAGUGUGUGCAUAGUUUAGUGAAUGCAGAGUGUGUGUUAGUGUGUAGUGAAUGCAGACUGUGUCAGUGUAAUGAAUGUAGUGUGUGUGUUAGUGCAGUGAAUGCAGAGUGUGUGUAAGUGUGUAGUGAAAGCAGAGUGUGUGUUAAUGUGUAGUGAAUGCAGAGAGUGUGUUAGUGUGUAGCGGAUGCAGAGUGUGUGUUGGUGUAGUGAAUGCAGAGUGUGUUAAUGUGUAGUGAAUGCAGAGAGUGUGUUAGUGUGUAACGGGUGCAGAGUGUGUGUUAGUGUAGUGUAUGCAGAGUGUGUGUUGUAUUAGUGUAUGCAGAGUGUGUUUUGUAUUAUUGAAUACAGAGUGUGUGUUGUAUUAGUGUAUGCAUAGUGUGUGUUGUAUUAUUGAAUGCAGAGUGUGUGUUGUGUUAGUGCAUGCAGAGUGUGUGUUGUGUUAGUGUAUGCAGUGUGUGUGUUGUCGUAAUGUAUGCAGAGUGUGCUGUGUUAGUGUAUGCAGUAUGUGUGUUGUAUUAGUGUAUGCAGUGUGUGUGUUGUGUUAGUGUAUGCAGUGUGUGUGUUGUAUUAAUGUAUGCAGAGUGUGUGUUGUGUUAGUGUAUGCAGUGUGUUGUGUUAGUGUAUGCAGUGUGUGUUGUGUUAGUGUAUGCAGUGUGUGUGUGUUGUGUUAGUGUAUGCAGUGUGUGUGUGUUGUGUUAGUGUAUGCAGUGUGUGUUGUAUUAGUGUAUGCAAUGUGUGUGUUGUGUUAGUGUAUGCUGUGUGUGUUGUGUUAGUGUAUGCAGUGUGUGUUGUAUUAGUGUAUGCAGUGUGUGUGUUGUGUUAGUGUAUAUUAAAUUUAAUUAAAUGUUUCUCCCCCCUCCCUGCUUCUUACCUGUGUCCAGGGAGAGGGGAGAUUCCAUCCCUGGUGGUCCGGUGGCAUGGGGGGCCCCCCGGCUCACUGUUACCGCAGAGGGGGCCCAGCACACUGCCUCUACUCUUCUCUUCUCUUCUCUUCCAAUAACUCUCGCGAGACCCACGGAGUGUUGCCAUGGUAACCGGGUCUCGCGAGAGUUAUUAGAAUAGAGGAGAAGAGAAGAGUAGAGGCAGUGUGCUGGGCCCCCUCUGUGGUAACAGGGAGCCGGGGGCCCAUGGCUGCACACAUAGAUAGCGAUAUUCGCCAUCUAUGUGUGCAGAGAGGGAAAGUGGGGCCCGGGACGGCCUUGCAUAUACUGCUACAGAUACACAGAAACACACACUGACAUAUAUAUAUAAAGGUUGUCACACACAGACACUGACAAAAUAUUAUGCCAGCUGAGUUCUGUCUUAGUCAUCCUCCUCCAUGCCUACCAUUGUGCUUCCCAGGGAUCCAACAGGGAGCUGCUCUGGGUCUGGGAGAAAAAGAAAUAGGCCCAGGCAUUUCCUGGCAUAGCAGCCCAAUUUUAAAUAUUGCAAAAUUUCAAUUUCAAUUUGUAAUUCAAAUUUCUUUUGGAUCCAAAAAAACAAAUAUGAAGACCUGGAAAAUGUACACAGGUACAAACAUACAGAAAUACAAAUACACACAGACAGGCACAUACACACACAAAAAUACACACUCAUAGAUACACACAUACAGAAAUACAAAUACACACAGACAGACACAUACACACACAAAAAUACACACUCAUAGAUACACACAUACAGAAAUACAAAUACACACAGACAGGCACAUACACACACAAAAAUACACACUCAUAGAUACACACAUACAGAAAUACAAAUACACACAGACAGACACAUACACACACAAAAAUACACACUCAUAGAUACACACAUACAGAAAUACAAAUACACACAGACAGACACAUACACACACAAAAAUACACACUCAUAGAUACACACAUACAGAAAUACAAAUACACACAGACAGGCACAUACACACACAAAAAUACACACUCAUAGAUACACACAUACAGAAAUACAAAUACACACAGACAGGCACAUACACACACAAAAAUACACACUCAUAGAUACACACAUACAGAAAUACAAAUACACACAGACAGACACAUACACACACAAAAAUACACACUCAAAGAUACACACAUACAGAAAUACAAAUACACACAGACAGGCACAUACACACACAAAAAUACACACUCAUAGAUACACACAUACAGAAAUACAAAUACACACAGACAGGCACAUACACACACAAAAAUACACACUCAUAGAUACACACAUACAGAAAUACAAAUACACACAGACAGACACAUACACACACAAAAAUACACACUCAAAGAUACACACAUACAGAAAUACAAAUACACACAGACAGGCACACACACAUAAAAAAAAUACACACUCAUAGAUAAACACAUAGAGAAAUACAAACACACAUACAGGCACACACACAAACAAAUUUACACUCAAAGAUACAGACAUACAGGCACACAGAUACAGAUUCACAGAGAUACAUAUUUACUGAGACACUCAUAGAUGAAUAUGUAGGAUAAGGUAAGAGGGAAAGUGGAGCUUCCCUUUGCUCUACAAUAGUGAAGUAUCUUAUUUUCUGACAUACUCCCAGGCUGCUAACAAUCAUACAAACAGCUAAAAAUAAAUGCACAAUAAAGAACACAGCAAUCAAACAAAGUGAACAGUGCACAAUAAAAUAUUGUAAUGGUGGGUUAUAUCUUACUUAAUCCGUAAGUGCAAUGACAUGCAACCCUCUUAAAAUGUCUCUACAUAUGUAUUAUAAAAUAUAAUAAAAGCACACAUAUACCCCAAAGUCUGGUAUAAUUAUGCCUGCAGAAAAUAAGAAAACAGAAAACAAUCUCAUAGGGUAGUAUAGUAAUCACAGGUAAUACUUGGAUAAUAUUAUUCUCUUAAAGUAUCACACUCACAUUUUUCUGAGCCUGUUCAAAUAACUGGCUCAGGUAGUACAGCAUAUGUGUGAUAGUUGUAGUUCCAGACGGGGUAAGUGGCUAAUUAUCACAUCCUGCCCCAUGUAAUUCCCCCGUAGCUUCAAUGAUAAAUUGUUGCAGUUCCCACCUGCCUUUUAAGUCUUACUACAAACGCUCCUGGAGGUACUGCUGUUAUGUCCCUAGCAGGGCUUGAGUCCUGCAGGAACGCGUGGGAAUGGCGUUCCUUUACUUUUUUCACAGCAGGAACACCGUUCCCCCUGCAGGCACUAACCAGGGGGCAGCAACAAAUGCCGCCCCCAAAUGCUCUGUGUUCCCCCUGUCAUGGACCCCCCCACCUGAUGGACCCCCCCGGCAUGCGGCGGCCUCCCUGUCACACGCAGCGAGGGAGCUGUGUUCUCUCCGCUCUGCUCACUCGUGCACAGUUUGCUGAUGCCGCAAGCAUCAGUAGACAGCCAGCGCGAGGGAGCAGAGCAAAGAGAACACAGCUCCCUCGCCGUGUGUGACAGGGAGACAGCCGCCUGACUCACUGCAGCCCCAUUGGACCCCAGGGACCCAUCGAUGCCAGCUUUCCCCAAAAGGUAGGGAGGCUGGGUGGGUGGGAAAUGUUAAUUUUAAUAAUAUUAAUAAUUUGUAUAUAUGUGUGUGUGUGUGUGUAUGUGUAUGUCUGUUAGUGUAUGUGUGUGUGUGUGUCUGUUAGUGUAUGUAUGUAUGUCUGUUCGUGUAUAUGUGUAUGUGUAAGUUUGUGUCAGUGUGUGUAUGAGUUUGUGUAUGUCUGUUAGUGUAUGUGUGUGUUUAAGUGUAUUUACGUCUGUUAGCGGAUGUACGUGUGUGUGUAUAAGUGUAUGUGCUUCUGUUAGCAUAUGCAUGUGUGUGUAUGAGUGUAUGUGCUUCUGUUAGUGUAUGCAUAUGUAUGUUUGUGUGUAUGUGCUUCUGUUAGUGUAUGUUUGUGAGUGUCAAAUCAGUGAGAGUCUGUUUGUCAUUUAGUGUGUGCGUGACUAUUAGUGUAUGUCUGUCAGUGUGUUUGUGUGUGUCUCUCUGUCAAUGAAUGAGUGUGUGUCAGUAAAUGUGUGUGUGUCAAAUCAGUGAUGUCUGUGUGUUUGUCAUUGAGUGUGUGUGUUACUGUCAGUGUGUAACUGCCAGAGUGUGUCAGUGAAUGUGUGUGUGCUGUCAGAGAGUGUGUUUAAAGGGACACUAUAGGCACCCAGACAACUUCAGCUCAUUGAAGUGGUCUGGGUGCAGUGUCCCAGUCCCCUUAAACCUGCAAGUGUAAUUAUUGCAGUUUCUUAGAAACUGCAAUAAUUACCCUGAGGGAUAACUCCACCUCUAGUGGCUGUCUACCAGACAGCCUCUAGAGGGACCUUCGGGUGGUUAGGUGACCAAAAGUCGCCUAACUGAUACUGGACGUCCUCACCCUGUGCAUGAGGACAUUCAGCAUCUGCUUAAUACCCAUAGGAUUUUAUCCCCUUCAGUGUCGAGUGGGGGAGGGGAGGGCACUAGGGAGGGGGGCACUGUAGGGAAUUAUAGUGCCAGGAAAACAGCUUUGUUUUCGUUGCACUAUAGUAUUUCUUUUAAAGGAGCAGGAAAAGGUGGAGUCUAAAGAGGAAGGGGUGGGGUCUUAAUCAGGAAGCGGUGCGCCCUUGGCAGGAAGGGGUGGUAAAUUUAGAUUAGGGGGUGCUCAGGUAUAGUCAUGCAUCACAAAAUUAAAAUACACCACUGUGUGAGUGUCUGAGUAUGUGUGUGCAUCUGUUAGUGUCUGAGUGUAUGUGUAUGUCUGUAAGUGUAUGUGUGUGUCUGAGUGUGUGUGUGCACGUGUUUAUAUAUGCGUACGAGUGUUUCAUUUUUGGGGGGGUUAUUUCCCAAACUUUUUUCCCCAGGACUUGACCCCUGGUCCCUAGUCAAUACAACAAUAGCAUGGAGUGACCUACUUAACUUCAAGUUCAUAGCACAGUUGCAGAAAUAUGUAAAUACAUGCUUGGCGCCUUUUCCAUGGUUGAGGCCUGGGCCCCUUAUGUGCCUAAUGGUUUCUACUACCUGAUGGUGGCCCUGCCUACAGUACUAAUAUUUAAAUUUUCUUUUCUCUUCAGACUCCUUAG